AUGGAGACUAAGUUGUCGGCUGGACGUGGAAUGCACCUGAAACACAAGCUUCGUUUUGAUAGUGUUUUAGAAGUGCCUAGGCAAGGUCUUGGGGGUGGGAUUUUACUUUUUUGGAAAUACUCUAUUGAUGUUAAUGUUAUUACUUACUCCCUUAAUCAUGUUGAUUGUAUUAUAAAUAAUUUUAAUGGUAAAGACUGGCACUUUUCUGGCUAUUAUGGUUCUCCUUAUGCUAAUCAAAAAUUUGCUACUUGGACUUUACUUAAUCGCUUAUUUGAUACUGCUCCUCUUUUGCCGUGGGCCCUGAAGAUCAUGUUUCAGGACCCCAAAUUCAGCAAUCUCCGCUCAAAUCGGUUUCAUUUUGAAAAUCACUGGCUCAAAGAUCCCUCCUUUACUAACCUUCUUAAUUCGUCCUGGGUCAAUCCCCAGGACCUUUCUUCAUCCCCUCUGCAAGUUUUCCUUGACAAGCAAUCUCACUGUCUUUCGGAGAUUAGGACUUGGAGUAAAUCCCAACAUCCUAUUAGACUCCAAAUCUCUCGUACACAGGCAGAUCUUAAUAACCUGUUGAAUGAUUCCCAACUGACUCCCAAUUCUCUUUCUCAAGUUGCCACUCUCCAAUCUCAAUUGGAUGGCCUUCUCCUUAAGGAGGAAGUUUAUUGGAAACAACGUUCUAGAGUCGACUGGUUGCGUGCUGGGGAUAGAAAUACAAAAAAAUUUCACCACCGUGCCUCUACUCGAAAAAAGAACAAUCUCAUUUGCCAAAUUACUCUUCCUGAUGGAUCCACUUCUCAUGAUCCUGCUACUAUAACUUCCCAAUACCUUCACUUCUACAAUUCUCUUUUUACCUCUCAAGGUUUGUGUGACAUGGCUGUUAAUUCUCUUCUUCAAGGGAUUACUAACAGGUUGUCCACUCAUCAAGUUGCUUUUCUAGCUGAACCUUACACUGAAGCUGAAGUUAAACAAGCUUUAUUUAGCCCCUCGGGUGACAAGGCUCUUGGGCCUGAUGGACUCAACUCACUUUUUUACAAAAGUAAUUGUAUCAAUCAAAGUGCUUUUCUUCAAGGGCGCCAAAUCACUGAUAACAUUCUUCUUGCGAAUGAGAUUAUUCAUGCCAUCAAUUCUAGAAGAUCGGGGAAGGUUGGUUGGGCUGCUAUUAAGCUUGAUAUGGAAAAGGCUUUCGACAGAGUUAAAUGGUCUUUUUUAAAUCGAUUGCUUGCUCAUGUUGGUUUUCCUCCUUCGUUUUCCUCUCUUAUAAUGCGUUGUCUUUCCACGGUCCAGUUUUGGUUAUCCAUAAAUGGUUCUCUCACUGACACUUUCCAUUCUACCCGUGGUAUUCGACAAGGGGAUCCUUUAUCUCCCUAUCUUUUCCUUUUAAUUGCUGAGGGUCUUUCUGCUGCUAUUCGAUUGCAAGAAACUAAUGCUCAUUUUUCUGGAAUUCAGAUCUGCAGGGGUGCUCAGCCCCUGUCUCACCUUCUGUUUGCUGAUGAUAGCAUGGUUUUCUCCCAAGUUCACUCUCGAGCCAGUGAUUCCCUUAAUGUUAUUCUCAAUCUUUACAACAAAGCAACGAGUCAAUUGGUUAACAGAGAUAAAUCCUCUAUCCUUUUCUCCCAUAACACUUCUGCUGAUGCUCAGCUUCAAUUUUGUCAAUCCCUUCAACUUCAUGGGGAGGGCUUCAUUAGUAAGUACCUUGGUGUUCCUCAUUGUGUUGGCAGAGUUUCUAAUUCCAUGUUCCAUUAUCUCCUCCAAAAAGUCUCCUCCAGAUUAAACUCCUGGAAUGAAAAAUUCUUCUCUCGGGCUGGCAAGGAAACUCUAAUAAAAGCGGUGGUCCAAGCCAUUCCUUCUUUUGCAAUGUCUUGCUUCAAAGUGCCCAAAUUGAUUUGCCUGAAAAUUCAAAGCUUGAUAGCUAAAUUUUGGUGGGGAUCUCAGGGCACUAAAAAAAUCCAUUGGGAAAAUUGGGAUGUUAUCUCUGUCUCAAAGUUCUUUGGGGGUCUGGGUUUUCGUAUCUUGUCCUCUCAUAACCAAGCCCUUCUAGCUAAGCAAGCUUGGCGUAGAAGUAUCCUUUGGGGUCGCCAAUUGCUUCAAAAAGGCCUGGUUUGGAAGAUUGGUACUGGUGUUAAUGUCCCCUUAUCUGCUCCCAAUUGGAUACCUAAUAUUCAACGUCCCAUUCUCUUACAUCCUUUAGACCAGUCCCAAGCUUUUGUUUCUUCCUUUAUUAAUCAUGAUUCUACUUCGAAGGUCCACAAACUUCAGUAUUUCUUUCCUUCUUACCAAGUUGAAAAUAUCCUCAAAAUCCCCAUUGACCCUACAUCGACUGAUUCUCUUAUUUGGGGAUUUCAUUCCUCUGGCAUUAUAACUGUCAAAUCUGCUUACCACCUUGCUUGCUCUCUUGCAUAUCUCGAUGUUCCCUCCUCUUCCAAUCCUAACCCUUAUCUUCAUUGGUGGAAAACCCUCUGGUCUCUCCCUGUCCCUCCUAAAAUUAAACAUUUCAUUUGGAGAGCUUUUCACCAUAUUUUGCCUUGUGCUUUCAAUCUUUUCCUCAAAAGGAGUCUUCCUCACCCUAAUUGUUCUAUCUGUGGCCACAACACUGAAUCUGUCACUCAUGCCCUUAUUGGUUGUUCUAGAGCAAAGUCUAUUUGGAAAUCUUCAAGAUUCAAACAAUUUUAUUUGGCUUAUCAUAGAAGUGAUAUAAAGGAUUUUCUUAUUCAGGCAUUGCAUAACAUUUCUAAACAGGAUUUCCCAAUUUUCAUUACAUUUGUUUGGCAGAUUUGGAAUUCUCGAAACUCCAUUCUCUUUAACAAAUCUGGUGUUACUAACAAUGUGGAAGAAAUCGUUGUUAAUUAUCUACAGGACUACAGUGCUGCUCAAUGUAAGCACCAAGAUGAUAAUCUGCAUUCAGAGGCUACACACACCCCUCCUGCUUCUCAACAUCAACACCCUCCUUCCCUGUCACCGGAAACUCCUUCUCUUUUUGUUGAUGCGGCCAUCGACCAACAGAAUGGUAUAACUAGAACUGGUUUCAUCUUCAAGCAUGGUUUCCAGGAUGUGUUAGCUUCUCAUUACCAUCAGCUGCCUGGUGCUGUGUCUCCUAUUUUUGCUGAAGGCCAAGCUCUUUUGCAGAGUCUCAAGUGGUGCAUUGACUCACAAUUUUCCCCACAAAUAGUCUUCUCGGAUUGUCUGAAUUUAGUUUCAAAAGUGAAUGGUGCCUGGAAGGAUAAUUCUGCACUUUCUGGUCUUGUCUCUCGGAUUCGAUUGCUCUUCUCUAACUUCCCUGGAGCUUCCCUGCAGUUUCUACCUCGACAGUUUAAUAUGGACGCCCAUGUCCUUGCAAGAGAAGCCCUCAGGUCAAGAGAAGUUCGCUAG